AUGCACACCUUCAUCGAUCCCGCACAGCUCAACCAUCCGCCGCAGCUGCCUUCGACUCCUCCCGCCCUACAGCAUCACCACGAUCAAGGCCACGACGGCUACGGCCAUGGCCACCAUGUACACGCUCAACAUGACCAACAUCGGCACCAGCAGAGCGCGGACGCAGAUCCUGCUGGACUCGCGACCGUCCCGGCUCCAUCGGCCCGCGUCAAGCUAGAGGAGUGCGAGGCCGACCCCGCACAACUCGACGACAUCCAGGGCACGCCACCCCGGCAUGCCGCUCCACUAUCCCCUCAUGUUCUACUCGAGCAGGAUCACGCGGCAGUGUUGAGGCCGGAUUUGGCCCCCUUUCGCUCGGCAGAGGAUGCACUCCAACGUCUGCUUCCCUACCACGUCUGGAACGUUCCGCACACCGACCUCCUUCGCUCCCUCGGAUGCGCGCACGACCCCGUCCACGCUGCCGUGCGCAACUCGAAGCGUCGCAGGUUGACGGAUGGGCGUGCAGUGGCGGGUGAAGCCGGCCAGCUUGAUGGCACCUUGGCAGAGUCAAAGGACGCCGGUGCUUCGUCCGAUGCCGUCGUUGUCGAUCUCGACGAGCUUGGACUGCCCGCGCAGCUGCCCGAGGUACCAUUGCCCGACUUUCCGGAUGCCGCGUACGCCUCUAGCCUCUUUCGGAUGCGCCACAGCAUCCUCACUCGCUUCAACAGGCUCCUCUCCCGUUCCGAGACGGUUCACCACAAGGCCCCUACCUCGGCGGUCACCCUCGAACACCUCGAACGCCUUGCCUACGACGACGAGCGCGCGGCAGUGCUGGCCGACAUCGACAAGCUCAAGGCCGCCAAGGCACAGCUCGAGACCAUCGAGGCACAGAAACGGCUCACGCCUGGCAUGUUCAGCAGCCAGCUCGAUCUCCGCUUUCACAUCACCGAUGAGAUCGAACUUGAAAAGGAGCGCGAGCGCGAGGCCGAGAAGGCAAGGCGGCAGGCCGAGCGACAGGCGGCCGCGGCGGCCAAAAAGGAGCGCGAGAGGCUGCUGGCUGGCGGCGACGGUGCUGCCGCCGUCCUCUUGCCGACUGCGGCAUCGACAACUGCUCGGCCAAGAUCUCAAACGCCCGCCGCAUCGAUAUCUGCGACGCCGACGCAUCAGCCUCCCGCUGUGAUGGAUAAGCAGCGGUCGCCAAAGGUCGGUUCCGCGCCACCGACGGAGGUGCCCCCUCCGUCUUCGACCCCUGCGCCUGCCGUCAGUGCCUUGAUCGGAAACACAGUCGUCCAACCUUCCCCUGCCAACGAAGCGGCAAACGAAUCAGCACCACGAGCGGCUCCAACCCUUCCCACUCCUGCGCCAGUGGCCCCGAUCCAAGGUGGGGCAUCUUCGGAGGUCGCAUUGUCGCAACACGCAGUGCCUCACAUGCUCCACACGCCGGCAGACACGGCGACGACAAGCGGCCCAUUGGUGCCACACAUGACUCUGCCCCCUUCCACGACCGCGCAACUGCCGCCGCAACCACAGCCGCCCUUCGCCCAGCAGAUGACACCGCCUUUCGGCCAGAUGAUCGGGCGCCCUCCCAUGCGCCCAGUGCCAACAAGCGUGGGGCCGGCUCCGACAAUGUCUGCACCUACAUCGCUGCCACUCGCGCCGGGCCCAACCGCGUCCACGCCACCGGUCUCCCUCACGCCAAUCCCUCAUCCUGUAGCCAUCCCAGCAGGUCCUGCGGCGAGACCGAUAACGGGCAACGUUGGUGAAGCAAGCACACCACCGGCACCGCAGCCUGUCGUCAAACGAGGGCGCGGGCGACCGCGCAAGAAUCCGCUGGAACCGCCCAAGAAGCCCGCCAAGCCACGCACGCCCAAGGACCCCAAGACCACACAGCCGAAAGCAGCGCCCGGACCGCCGACGAGUGGAAUGAUGCGACCUCCUGCGGCAGCGGUUUCGGACAUCAACGGCCAGCCUGGGCCGUCUUCUGCGGUCGUCGGCUCCGUUCAACCACUGCCCGCGUCCACGACGGGCUCUCAGCUAACCAUGGCGCCACCGGCUCAAGGUCAACAGGCGCAGUCGAGUCGAGCGCCGCAGCCGCACCCGCCCGCGCCGCCGUCACAUUCCGCGAAUGGCGCAUCGACGACUGCGCCAGCUGCGCCGGCCGCCCCGGCCGCACCGGCCGCACCGGCAGCGCCGACGACGGCAUCAGCACCGCCGCCUGCACCACCAACCUCGAUACCGCGGACGCCCAUCCCGCUCCUCAUCCCCGUGUCGGCGCUGCCGCGCUUGACCAGCCUGGGGAUCCAUCCGGUGCCCGCCCCGCACCUGGUGCCAGUGAUGGGUCCGAGUGGUACGCCCUCCGGUCUCUCUGGCCAGCCUCGACCGGCCGAUCCCAACCAGACCGAAGCGGCCAAAUUGAUGGGCGUCACCGAGUCGCCGGUGCGCGGUGCAAGCAGCAGCGGCGGCGGCGUCAAGACGCAGCAGAUCCUGCACAUUACCGUGGUGCUUACCAAAUUGACGCCGCCGCAGCUCGCGGGGCUCGCCAACAUCAUGCAGGGAUUGCAGGACGAGGCGACGAGGGAGGCACGGGGCGCAGCGACGAACCCGCAGUAG